AUCUCAGUGAGGAAACAGUAAAACACAUCAUUAUCCAAUCGACUCACCAAAAAAGAAUGCGUAGUAUAAUUUGGGGAGCUUCACAGCAGCUGUUAAAUCGAUUUUCAUCACCCAAUUUAUUAACAGAAUCACAAAUUUUUACUUGCAAUCAUUCUACUCGUUGUAGUGUACGGAGGAGGAGCUUAUCGAUUAUGGCAAGCAGCGAUGAAUUCGUCAGAGGAAAUGUUCACCAAAACGGCGUCGCUGUGCUCACUCUCGAUCGCCCCAAAGCUCUCAACGCCAUGAACCUAGAUAUGGAUAUAAAAUAUAAGAGUUUACUUGAUGAAUGGGAAGUGGAUCCAAAAGUUAAAUGUGUGUUGGUUGAGGGUAGCUCUCCUCGUGCAUUCUCAGCAGGAAUGGAUAUAAAGGGGGUUGUCGCUGAAAUUCGAAAGGACAAGAACACUCCUCUUGUGCCAAAGGUUUUAAGUGGUGACGUGAAGCAGAUAUCAACCAAAAAACAACUUUCAGAUAUGAUUGAGGUAUUUACAGCAGAAUAUUCACUUAUAUGUAAAAUAUUUGAAUACAAAAAACCAUAUAUAUCCUUCAUGGAUGGCAUAACGAUGGGCUUUGGAAUUGGUCUAUCUGGACAUGGGCGCUACAGGCUUAUUACCGAGAGGACAGUUCUUGCAAUGCCCGAGAAUGGGAUUGGUUUGUUCCCAGAUGUUGGAUUUGCUUACAUAGCAGCACAAAGUCCUGGAGAAGGAUCAGUUGGUGCCUAUCUUGGUAUGACUGGAAGAAGGGUAUCAACACCUGCUGAUGCACUAUAUGCAGGUUUUGGGACACACUACAUCCCGUCUGAUAAGCUGGGUUCUGUGAAGGAGACACUCUUAACGGCCAACUUUUCUGAAGACCCACAUAAGGAUGUUGAAGCAGUAAUAGGAAAAUACAGCUGUGAUCCCUCUUCAGAGUCCCAGUUGAAGUUACUUCUGCCAUGGAUAACAGCAACUUUUGGUGCAAAUAAGUCUGUUGGCGAAAUAAUACAGGAGCUGGAAAAGCAUCAGGGAAGCACCGAUUCCACAGAAGCCGACUGGGCGAAGGAUGCUCUUGUUGGUAUUAGAAAAGGAGCUCCUUUUUCCCUUUGCCUCACACAGAAGCAUUUCUCAAACGUUGCAUCUGCAUAUCGAAAGAAAGAAAGUGAUUUGUGCAAUCUAAUUGGUGUAAUGAAAACCGAAUAUCGCAUAGCAUUAAGGUCUUCCCUUCGUAGUGAUUUUGCUGAAGGUGUUCGAGCAGUAUUGAUCGACAAGGAUCAGAAUCCAAAAUGGAACCCCCAAAGCAUAGAGGAAGUUGACCAAAGUGAAGUGGAAGGCAUGUUUGCACAACUAAGCCCAGACAAUGAGGAAUUGAGUGUGUAAUUUGUGGGCUUGAUGAUAUAGUCAUCUUUGGGUUAGUAUCGCAAUAAGUACCGUAAGCUAAGUUGUGCAUCUCUAGCAACUUUUAAAUAUAUGCAAUGUACCAAGCGGUUUUUUAAUGAUGUAAGAAGUGUAUUCUCCGGAAGAAGUCAUGUGGUUCAUUUAAUAGUUCUGUUGGUGUUUCUAGCUUUUGCAGAACUGCAGACUUAUCGGAAUGCAUUCUUAAAACUUUUCAAUUAAAUAGCUAUGGUGGAACAUAUAUGAUUCA